AUGACGGGAGGUGGAUCUUCAAGCACUUUGUCGCAGGGAUUACGAAUCGCUGUGGGAUACGUCAAGCGUUCAUUUGCACACAUCCAGAACGAAACCAAAGCUGGCAAGUCUGGCUUUUUUCUUGAUCAUUGCCUUGUCUUUAAUACUAGGCAAUCUAUGUAUCUGCUAACACUUUUUUGUUAUUCUACUCUCGUGAUCUGCCAAUUUCUCCAUGAUGAUGGAAAUAAAUGGUAUUUAGCUCUUAAUUUUGAUAUUGCAUUCAAAAAGGAACAAACUUUGUUUCGACUAAACUCUGUUCAAGACCUUGAGAAAUGGGUUGUUGGAUCUGAUGCAGACAUUGGUGGUCUUUCUGAAGCAUAUUGGGGAUUGACUCCACAAAAUACUGGACUGUUUUGGGGAACAUUAUCAACCGAACUGCCUCCAAAAGCCACAUUCAAUCGCAGUGGGUAUGCAGGAGUGAGAUCUAAAGAGUUGCAGCCGAUUAUAUUUCACAAACCAAAGAUUGAUGCGUCCAUGUUCAGAUACCUGGCCAUUAGGGCAAAAGGUGACAAGAAUCAGUGGUUUAUUAAUCUAAGAACAACAUCCAUUUAUCCGACAUAUGUCUGGCAGCAUCGUUUAUAUUUUCAGCGUCCUGGAGAAUGGGAAACCAUCAUGAUUCCAUUCCGAGAUUUUAUUCUUACAAGUCAUGGCUUUGUCCAACCACACCAGAUUGCAAUGGAUCGAUCAGCCAUCAAAACAGUAGGACUUUCGAUUCUUCGCCAGCCUGGAGAUUUUUCUGUGGAGAUUGACUGGAUCAAGGCAUUGAACACUGAUCAAACACUAGGCGAUAUGGAUAUUAUUUCUGUAGAAAUGCAAGAGAGGCUCAAGGCCAGACGAGCAGUCCAUAAUGCAAAGGUAGCACCAUCUACUGCAAAUGCCAACAUAGAUGACACCAGCAUCAAACCAUUGGAUGGAUCUGGACAUCAAUGGCAAACUGCAGAAGAUGUUUCAACACAGGUUACUAGGGAUAGAAUUGAACAAGAGCAGCAAGUAAUUAAUAUUCCGGAUGACAAAGAUACAGUCAGUUUGAAAGAGAAUAAACAUUGAGAUGGUUAAAAUAU